UGUGCUUCUUUCUUUUUGUUGAGCUACUUUCUGUGAGGACCGUGUACAGAUCAGAGAAAAUCGAAUCUAGCGGAACAUUAAGCAAGCAUUAACUGGAAUCAUUUUGGAGCAAAGUUUAACAGACAUCAUGAUAUUAACAACAUGCAUGGUUGGCUUCAAAAGCUCUUUAAAUCAAGAGGAGCUUUGUCAACACAACGUGAAAAAGACGAUGAAAUCACCAAAACCUCAGUGACAUCUCUCAGCGUAUCAUCUUCAUCGACUUUAUCACUACAUUCUUCAGCAACAGCGCUAUCUAAAACACAACAGCUGCAAACUGCUCUGAGAUCUGACCUGAGAUGGAAACGGAAAUAUGAUGUGUUUGUGUGCCACAGUUCUGCCCACAGAGACAUUGAAGAGGCCACACGCCUUGUGUUGUUCCUUGAGGCUGCACCCCACAUUCUCAGGUGCUUUUUAUGGCAGAGGGAUGCUUGUCCAGGAGCUGCUAUCCAUACAGAAUUUUGCCAGGCUGUGCAGGAUAGCCACAUACAGGCUCUGCUUAUCACACCCAGCUUUGUGCAGGAUCAUUGGUGCAAAUAUAUGAUGCACCAGGUUCUAGCAGAGGGGCCUAUGUCUAAUAGAUUGAUCCCCAUGCUUCAGAACCUGGCACACUCGCAGUACCCACAGGAACUAAAGUUCUACUACUACAUUGACCUGAGCAAGAACCCAGACCAAGGCUAUAGUAUUGUCAGGAAGACUGUGCUUACAUACCUGGAGGAUCUGAUUAAAAAAUUCAAAGAUGUUUCGGGCCACUCAGACGGGGGCUUAGAUGAAGAAGGCAGCUCAAAAAAAGGAGAACUGUCCAAGUAUGAACCCACUGGGACUUCUUUUCCGCUGGAAGUGAUGCAGAGAAGGGAUGAAAGCUUUAGAGACAUUUGCUGUGAUCAUAAUUGAUUAAAUAUAUUGAAGUGCAAGAGGUUCUACAAGUAAAAAUAUUGGUGCAAUCUCACUUUGAUGAUCCUGCUGUCACAUUCUGCAGGGAUCUGAAGAAAGUUCAAGCUGUAAGCACAAUACUUUUAUUAGACUUUGCACUAUUAGCACUUGAUGUGUGUGUUGAGAAUGUUAAUAUAGUGAACUUUUUUCCUGCGUCAUAUCUACAGAAAUAUUGUGUUUGAUAAAGAUAACGGGAAAUAACCUCCCAUACUAAGCUACCUACAUGUUUUCCUUCUACUGGGCUUUCAGGAGCAAUAAGAAAAGGAUAUCUUUAUGUUCUAAUAUUGAUAAAAUGCCUCUUAAGUCAGCCAUCUGUCAUGCUCAUAGAUUCAUUUGGUGGUAUGAAUAUUCCUGACAGGAUGCCCGCGGGCUGAUUUUUCUGUGUCCAAUCUACGGUGCAUCCAUUCACAGCAGCAAGUGGGAGCCAUUGGGGUUACUCCCUGCCUCUUGGCUAACACCAGCCUCAACUGGCUCCUGCAGAAUGCUGAUGGAUGAGCAGUCAUCGCUGUUGACUGAAUAAUUGGAACAAAAUGAAAGAAAAUCACCUUUGUUUUUUUCAUCCAGAGAACGUUUAGUAUAACUAAACGUUCUUGAUAGAUUUGUUAUUUGGUCCUAUAAAAAUAUAAUUUUUUUUCAAUCAGCUGAAACAUAAAUUCUAUUGUCCCAUAGUGUAUUUUUUAAAUGCAAAUAGGGUUUACUUUAAUUUUUUUUCUCCAUUACAUACCAGCAUUAGCUUCCAAGAAGGGCUACAUGUCCUACUUUUUAUUGAUGCUGUAUCAUCCUGCCACUAUCAUCCCACAUCCCCUCCCCCUAUAAACUACAGCAGACUUUAACACCGCAGUAAAAGCUCUUGAUAGUCGCCUCUUUUGCCAACACUGUAACAAAAAGAAUUUAACUAAUCUCUAACUGGCACAGAUGUUGUAGGAGGCUUUUUGCCUUUGCCAUUAUAAACCCUUACACACACACAAACACAUUGACCAGUCUGAACAAUUAUUUUCUUAUUUUCACAUAAAUAUUACACAGAAAGCAACUUGAAUGUAACUUUUACUCCAUGUAAAAGGGCACCAUCUGUACCAGAGACCCUUUCUUCUUCAUAUGAAAAGGUUAUAAGACAGUGAUUUGCUGAAAUAAAAUUUACAUUUUUACAAAAUAGGUUUGUGUUUGUUGCAAUGCUGGUUUUAUGAGCCCGUUUACUUCUUGAACCUCACACUUUCUACUUAAUAUGAACUUGCAAACCUGUAAAAAAUAAAAUAAGACAGAGAGAGAACAAUAAAACAGCAAUAUUCCUGCUUUUGGAACACCAGCAAAAGAUUUG